ACUCUCAUUCUCUCUCUCUUCCUUCUCAGAUCCACUGGGCUUCCGAUCACCGUAAAAAAUCAAAGUCUCUUUAUGGCAGACAGCUCCAAACCAACCUCCUCCAACCGCCGCCAGCCCAGCCGUCUCCAGCGCCGCGCUCCUCCACCAGCCUCCCUCCAAAUCAACCCCGUCGCCGACUGGAACGUCGCCAUCCCCCUCCUCUCUCCUCUCGUCUCCCCCGAUCGCCCCACCGCCGACUCCAAACCCCGUGACGACUCCCGCCCCCACCACCACCACCACCACAAGCUCCAGAAACCCGAUCCGCCACGUCACCAGUCCGCAGAGGCCGAGAAAUCGGCAGCGGUGUUUAAAAAGUGGCAGCACCCGGCGGCGCCCUUCUGCUACGAGCCUGCUCCGCCGGUGCGUCCUUUUGUUCCCGUGUAGGGGUAAAAUCGGGAAAUCAGUGUCUUAAGAUUUAGUCAUUUGAUCUAACGGUGCGUGCUGAGUCGAGUGAUUUGACCAGGCACGCACGUGAUUUUGCCAACUGUGUAUAUAGUCAUCUUUAUGCAACCCCUUGGAUUUCACAUCUUCUCUAAUUUGUUUUUAAAUUUAUGUUGAAAUGUCAAGUAUGAGUUACUGUUUGAUUGAAA